AUGGCGUUUCCCAAGCAUGACAAAACGCGCCUACCGUCGACGUCGAUAGAGCAACUUGCGAGUUUGCGUGCGUGCGAGGGAGGGCUUGUCAGGAUGAGCGACGGCACUCGAGCGCCGAUAGAGAUCCCGAGGGCGGUACCUUUCGGUCGGGCGGUACUCAAGAAUGCCUCGGAUGCAGCGACGUUUCACGAGCAAUCACCGUUUGCCAAUGGUGUCAAAAUGGGAUUGUCAUCUGCUGUCGUAGGCACGAUGGUGUCUGCUAUUCAAAAUUCGAUUGGCCGUCAUUCACAAGGCGCAAUGGGCGUCUUCACUCGCUCGGGCACAACGAUAGGUCUAUUCGGCGCAAUGGGAUUCACGUUUGCCUUUAUGGAUGCCCGGCUAGCCAACUUCAGAGAGAUUGAGGAUCCGCUCAAUUCUGCCUUUGGAGCUUGCGCUGCUGGCUUUCUGGGAGGGAUCAGCAAGGGCGGUCUGGCGAGUGGGAUCAGCGGAUGUGCCGUCGGAGGGGCACUCCUGGGCACAUUCGGCUAUGCUGGCUCGUCCAUGGUAGGCGCAAACUUAGAGAGCAAGACGUUGGAAGAGCGAGAAGAGUUGAGGAAGAGUUUCUUCAAGAAGAGGGAUCUGCUCGACUCGGUCCCCAAGUAUGAGCCCAUACAGUCCAAGUCUAGCUAG